AUGACUGAUAGCGGCGGCUACAUCAAGGUCCCCAAUGAUGAGGAAGAGGAACGCAUGCGAAAGGCAGCAGAAGAAUCCCAGCGAAAGCGUGAAGAAGCAAGAAAGAGGCGAGAGAUGGAAGAGGGGAUGAAAAAGGCAGGAGAGAGUUCUCAGCAGCGUAGGAGGCGCGGAGUACGGGGGUAUCCCGAGGUUUACAACGUCGAAGACAAAGCUGGUGUUAUGGCGAUGGUUUGUAGUUUGAUCUGCCAGCUGCUGCAAUUCCAACCGAGCGAUGACAAAGUGUACCUACAGCCGGAGAUGCUCGACCGACUCACGCAGCCAGGAGAGCGCUGGACAACUGGUUUAUUGCUGCUUAAGUAUCUGUUGGAGAAUACACCCUGCGGUACUGCAUCGUUCCCGGGAUCAACCUUCUUGAAGGAACGGGACUGUCAGAAGUUUAAUGACUUGCUCUUUGCACAUGUCAGGAAUAUUGAUUGGCCAUUCUGGAUUCUUUUUACCACUUCUGGAUUCGAGGGCACUUGA